AUGUUUAUGGUGGUGUUUAUCGAUGACAUUCUUGUAUACUCUAAGACCGAGGAAGAUCAUGCAGAGCAUCAACAGACUAUGUUAGAAAUCCUAUGGAAGGAGAAGCUCUAUGGAAAAUUGAACAAGUGUGAGUUCUGGCUAGAGCAAGUGUCUUUCUUAGGACAUGUGAUUUCCGGAGCAGGUAUCUCUGUAGACCCAAAGAAUGUUGAUGUAGUGUUAAGGUUAGAUCUGCCUACAUUUAUGGCAGAAGUACGAAGUUUCUUGGGGAUGGAUGGAUACUACAUGAAAUUUAUAAAGGAUUUUGCUAAGAUUGUAGGACCACUUACUAGGCUGACUCGAAAGGAUGUCAAGUUUGUGUGGACUCAGGACUGUCAAGUAGCAUUUGAGGGAUUGAAAAAGAAGUUGACGACAACACCAGUUUUGAGAAUCCCGGAUGAGUAA